CAUAAAAUGCCAAUUCUGGAUGAUUCUGAAUGGCUCGGAUGCUGGUUUCUUCAGCGCGCCUAAUUGUGAUUGGCAAACCAUUGCGCCAUUCAUUGCCAUGGUUGAGACACAGUCGCUGGGACCCUGUCGGGGGGCCUGUCCCUGUCCAGAACUGGCCCCAGCCAAGCCCGUGGCUCCAUUGUGUUUCCCCAACGCCGUCCCUGAACCGUCGCCCUACGGCGCUGCCGUUGGCUGUUGCUGCGCUGUGAGUGGCCCGCUGCGGUGCUCGCCGCCCCCUGAAUGGCCUCUGUCUUGAAUCUGCUCUGGAGCAGCUGUCUCGCGUACUGCGGCCGCACUGGCUCUGGUUCUGCGGCAUGGACCACCACCUGGGCACUGCAGAAGAAAUGGUUCUGCCUUGUAUAAUUACUAUUCUCGUUCCCCCUGGGCGUCUUGUCGUGGGUUCCCUUGCCUCUGCUUUUGCGCUCUGCUGUUUCUUGUUUGCUCAGCUGCUGUCUCAGGAGUCGCGGUGGAUAACACUCGUUUCUCGGCAGUCUCCAUCUUUUCUCCAUCUCGUUGAUCCAUUCCUUUCGGACCGUCCGGUCCUUCUCUCGUCCCUUUUUCUGGACUCUUUGCGCCCGUCGGGAGAAUCCCAGAACAUUCCCCAGCAGAACCAGCCCAGCAAGGCCAGCUAGCUUCUUUUCUUUUCCGGUGCCCAUCUUUUUUUUUUUUUCCAAAUCCUCGCUCUUCCUCCUCUCCCUUGCUGCGGACUUUCCCCCUUUGUCUUACCACUCCCUGGGGUUCCCGACAUUCCAUGCGGCCGUGAAGUCAACUCUGUUCAUUUCUCAUCCCUUCCCACACUCCUUUGGUUUUGGCUUGGACCGACGCUCCGGUUUGAAUUUGUAUGUGCUUGGCUUUGGUCUUCUAGUCUCGGUGCAGCAUGUCCCAGGCUUCUUAUCUAUAUACGCGGAUCCGCGAGGCCCUCCCGUGGAGUGGCGGUGAUCCGAACGUCAAGGGUGAUCCUCGAAAGAGCGUCAAAUGGAUUGAUGGCCUUCGUGGUAUCGCCUCCUUCCUCGUCGUCCUCACCCACCUUUCCCGCGCCUGGGACCGAGAGCUCUUCGCUCCUCGGGACACUGAAGAUGCCUCUCCCAGGCUGCUGCAGCUACCCUUCUUCCGUAUCCCGUGGCAGGGCCGUAUCGGUGUUACGAUUUUCGCCUUCUUGACCGGCUACGUCUGCGCGUUGAAGCCCAUGAAGCUCUUGAGAAAUGGAAACCGUUUGGGCGCGUUUACCGCCGUCGGCAAGAGUGCCUUCCGCCGCCCUCCGCGUCUUAUCAUGCCUGCAACGAUUGCCCUCAUUAUAUCCUGGAUCAUGGCUCAGUGCCGUGCGUUUGUGACUGCCAACCGCUCCGACUGCUGGUGGUGCCGAUAUGCCGCUCCGGAUCUCGAGGAUUCCUUUGGAAAGGAGGUGCUCCGGUUGUUCAAGAACUUCCUGACGACCUGGACUACGGGAUACAUGGCCUACGAUGAUCACCAGUGGGCUCUGCUGCCGCUGCUGAUGACUUCCAUGCUCGUCUACCUGUUGACUUGUGCGACUAUGUUCAUGAAGUUCCGCUGGCGGAUGUUUGUCUAUCUGAUUAUGUUCCUUUACUUUCACCAGGACGCUGCUAAGAACACUGAAACCUUCCAAAUGCAGGGUGUCUACGGCAUGUUCCUCAGCGAUCUCUCAUACGAAGUGUCUUUCCAAGAAUUCCUCCAGAAGUGGAAGUGGCCCCGCCGCGUUGUUGCGGCCUUCCUCGCAAUUUCCGGUCUGUUCAUUGCCGGAUAUCCUGGUGACCACCCCGAAUGGGCCGACUGGUCCAACUAUAUGCUCAAGCUCGCCCACUACAUCUUCCCUCCUGAUGUCAACAUCGGCAAGCGCUACACCGCUAUCGGUGUUGAUCUCGUCAUCUUGGCCAUAUACAUCUCGCCUAGCGUCAAGGAGUUCCUCUCUAACCGCCUCCUGCUCUGGCUCGGUGCCCAGUCCUUCGCCGUCUAUCUGGUCCACGGUACCCUUCUCCGCACAGUUCUCUGCUGGAUGCUCUACGGUAUUACUGGUCAGCCCUUUGACCCCGAGAAGAAGCAAGAAGGCAAGGAUGAGCCCGUCUGGAUUCCCAUCCGCCCACCGUGGGUCGUUGCUAUCAGUAUCCCGCUCUGGAUCUGCCUCGUGUACUUCUGCGCCACGAUGUGGACCAAGUACGUCGAUCCGUUCUGUGCCCGGAUGACCCAAAAGAUGGAGGACCGCAUGUUUGUUGAGGAUGAGAAGCCUCCUACGCAAUCCGAGUCGCUACCCCUGACCUCGAUGCCCAUGCAGACUGCAUAAUUGGAUCGCUCUGCCGAAUUCAUGAAAAGAUGACGCUGCACAAACAACACUCGCACCGACCUCGAAUGCUGUAGAGGUCAUGGUUGCUAUACAUAAGAACAGACAAACACACAUACAUCCAAGACAGGACUACGAUACAUCUGCACGAUAUAUUUCCAUUUCCAUCUUCUAUCUACACUUCACUUCGCCUUCUCUAGAUUACACUUUAUUUUACCAUUUUUUCACCGACCAUCCACAUUCUCUCUCGAUUUACGGCUUGGAGACCUUUCUUUUCGUGUUGCAUGCAUGUUGCUAGCAGGUGACUACGACCGAGUGAUAUGGCGGGUCCAUGGGAUUCUUAUGGGUUGGCAUAAAGCGAGGUGGAAUUUGAGUUCCAUUCUGAUUUUUGGUGUUUCAUUUGGAGUUGGAGUUGCUCAGCCGACGACGACCAACUGACUGACUUUGCUUUGAUCUUCUUGAAUUUGCCUUUUUCGCAUUUAUAUUCGCUUCUUCCACAUCCUUCCUCUUCGACCAUAUUUUUAUUGUUUAUUAAUGUACAAAAGGAUCAGACAAUCAAUGAACAUAGCUAUGAUUUAUAAAUUCUUUUCUUCUCUCUAAAGAGCCUGGUGAGCUGGAAUACUGAUCUCUGACAAAUGUAUUCUUUUAUACUUCCCCUAACUGCAGCCUAUUAAUAUCACAU